CACCUCUGCACUCCACCUGCCGCUCCACUGCCCUCCCCUCCGUCUAUUCCGGUCGAGUCCUCGGAUGCCCUCCCGGUGGGUGCUGUCACGGCCGUCACCGAUGCGGUACCCUUCUACAUCCACCGUGCUGGCACCAGUCUCUUCGCGCCCGCGUGGUAUGCAUCUAGGGCAGUUCCUACCGGUGGAGGACCCUCGGCCGGAUGUCUCAACAGACGAGGGUGUGGCAGUGGGCGUGCAGUCAGCGACGUCCGAUUCAACACCAGCGGAUCGCUUUGAUCUCUCUCGGUUUGCUGGCACUGCGGAACAACGCCAAGCUCUGUUAUCGCGCCGCCGCGGCCCCGACGUCUGUCUAUUUUGCCAUGACGGGGUCGGAGUGCUCUCUACCGGUUGCUCCGUUGCCUCCCCCGCUCUGUCCACCGGCACCUCCAGCACUCCCGUUGCUUCGCCGUGUGCGCCGUCGGUCUCGCCGCUCGCGACAGCGCCGCAGAGUCCGCCGGGCAGCACAGCACACAGCCCCAUGCAUGUCACCUGAUUCACUGUCAGCACUAUCCGCACCCUCUUCUCCUGCACCGCGGCCGGCUACGCCUCCUGUCCUGGAGGACUUAUCCGAUGUUGUUCCGUUGGUGGACAUUUAUUGCUAUAACGAUCUUGCGUAAGCUGCAUUUUUUCUCUUGCAUGUGUAAUUUUGUUUGUCUCGACUGUUGGGUGGGUGGCGUACUAGGUUGGUGCUGUUCAAAUAAUCAAGAUCCAAAGGGACAACUACAGGUCGAACAGCUCGCCAGCCGGGGUCCUCUGCAAAAUCUGUUGCUUGCAGGUUCCAUUUGAUUGAUGCACAGUUUUGCGGGGCUCCCGACUGGUGUUAACCCUCCUGGCCUACUCGUCAUGCGUUCAACAGUCGUGACCCCACUUCUUUUGUGUUUUAUUGUCGCCUAUUUAUGUUGUUUCACAUUUCAUUUCCCCGGUCUUUCUGUCUUCUUCUCCGGUCUGUCUUCUCCUGUUUUUUUCUAUAUACACUUCCAUCCACAGGAGUGGAUGUCUUUUUUUGGUUGGGGAUAGUGUUGUACAUGUGGUCGCGCUUGUAGCUCUGUGUCGUACAUGCGGCUGCGCGGGUGUCUCUUGUCGUACAUGUGGCUGCGCUUGUGUCUCUUUUGUCGUACAUGUGGCUGCGCUUGUGUCUCUUUUGUCGUACACGUGGCUGCGUAUGUGUCUCUGUGUCGUACAUGCUGCUGACCCGUGGUACACGCCGCUGCGCCGUCUUGGAAUGCUUAGUACAUGCCGCUGCACCGUCUUCUGUCCCCUCCGUAUGCAUUAUUUAUCAUCUCGUCCCCGUUGCAUACACAUUUUCUCGUCUUGUCUCCGUUGUAUUUGUCUGGUUGCCGUCUUGUGUCCGUCGUAUUUCCCCGUCGUUCGUCUUUGUCUCCCGUCCUGUUCAGGCCUUGUUGUACUUUGCACAGUCA